AUGAAUUUAGAUCUGUCAUAAUAAUUACAAAAAUAUAGAUAGGAGAUUCACAAUAAGUUCAAAUCAAAAUAAAUAAUGGCUUAAACUAUCUUUAAAUUAGUAUUCAUCUAUUCAUAUUAUUAUAUAGGCAUCUUAAUCAAAUAAAAAAGACAAUGUCAAUUUAGCUACUUUGAAAUAAGAUUUAGGUAGAUAAAAAACUAAAUAGAGAAAUUCUGUUUCAAGUAUUUUAAUAUCUAUUUAGUUUAGAUUUUCAAGGAAGUCCUUUGAAAAAUGCUGUGAGAUAAAAUUAAUCUCCAAAUGUUUAAGUGAGAGGUGAAUUUAAUUCAUCAAAGUUUUAAAGUCCAAUGAGAUCUAUGUCUCAAUUUAAACAAUCGCCUUAAUAAUCCAAGUUUUAAAUUCCAACACCAAGAGAUGUUAAAUAAAAUUAAAGUGCAGUUAAAUUAUAUUCCUCAAAAUAUUUAAAAGUAUUACCUAGUGAAUAAGGAAAUUACUAUAGUCAGCUUUAAGCUAAAUUAGAUGGUUUAGCAUAAUUGAUAGGAUCUGAAGAAGAUUAUCAUUAAAAUGUGAAAGAAGUUGAAAAUGUGAUUGAUCAAACUAUUAGUAAUUUUAAUAACUCAAAUAACUAAAAUAAGUUUGAUAAAAUAAAAUCAUAGUAACAAUUACUUGAAUAAGAUUUAAAGCAACUAACUUUCAAAAUUUCUAGAUUUAAUGUAUAUAAAGAUUGA